UCUCCCCUCAGCAACAUGUCUGUUGCCUUAGCCAACGCAGUAUGCCAGCGCAGCCAGGUAUGUUUCACUCCUGCCAAGAGGAUUGUCAGCAGCAAUGGAAAGCUGUAACAUGAGCACUGCUUUGUGUGUGCCCAGUGCUUCUGGCCCUUCCCCGAGGGGCUCUUUUAUGAGUUUGAAGGCCGGAAGUACUGUGACCAUAACUUCCAAAUGCUGUUUGCUCUGUGCUGCUGAUCAUGUGGCAGAUUCAUCAUUGGCUGUGUCAUCAAGGCCAUGAACAGCAACUGGCCUGGGUGCUUCUGCUGUGAGCUGUGUGAUGUGGAGCUGGCUGACCCGGGCUUCGUGAAGAAUGCAGGCAGGCACCUGUGUUGGCCUUGCCACAAUCUUGAGAAGGCCAAGGGCCUGGGACCCAAGUACAUCUGUCAGCAGUGCUACCUGGUCAUUAAGGAGCAGCCCCUCAUGUUCAGGAAUAACUGGUACCACCUGGACCACUUCAGCUGCACCCAGUGCAGGUACUUCCUGAGAGCUGAAGCCUGAGAGCUGAAGGGGAGACUCUACUGCCUGCCAUGCCAUGACAAGAGGGGUGUCCCCAUCUGUGGUGCCUGCCGUCAGCCCAUUGAGGGUUGUGUGGUCAAUGCAUUGGGCAAGCAGUGGCAUGUGGAGCACUUUGUGCGUGCCAAGUGUGAGAAGCCAUUCCUAGGACGUAGGCACUAUGAGAAGAAGGGCCUGGCCUACUGUGAGACCCACUACAACCAGCUCUCUGGGGACGUCUGCUACAGCUGCCACCAUGUGAUUGAGGGUGAUUUGGUUUCAGCCCUCAACAAGGCCUGGUGUGUGAACUGUUUCUCUUGCUGCACCUGCAACAAUAAGCUCACCCUGAAGAACAAGUUUAUGGAGUUUGACAUGAAGCCUGUGUGUAAAAGAUGCUACAAGAACUUCCCAGUGGAGCUGAAGAAGUGGCUGAAGAAGCUAGCAGAGCUGGCUGCCCCCAAAGCCUACCCCAAGUCUGUGGGCCUCCCCUCGCCCUCACUUCUCCUCUUCUUGCUGGUCUUCCUGCUCAUGCUGAGCUCUUCUGCUUGCUACCUCCAUUGCUCAUCUUAUCUCCCUUCAUGGAUCUUCCCUUCUCUCUGGCACAAGGCAGAGGUGGGGGCCUGGAUGUGUUGA